AUGCUCCUUAUCAACAAUGAUAGGAAUACUGGUCCGGUGGCUCAAGGAUCUUCUCAAAGCUCAGCUCAGUUGGCGGCUAUGGUUGGUGGAGCAGCCCAAGGAUCUUCUCAAGGAGCAUGUUUUGGUCCGGGAUCUUCUCAAGUUCAUCAAGGAUCUACUCAAGGUCCAGCUCAUUCGGCAGCCAUGGUUGGUGGAGCAGCCCAAGGAUCUACUCAAGGUUCAGUUCCGGUGGCAGCUAUGGUUGGUGGCACGGCCCGAGGAUCUUCAUCUUUUGGUCCGGUGGCUCAAGGAUCUUCUCAAGGCUCUUCCCGAAAUCCAGGUCACGUGUUAGCCAUGCGUGGAGGUCAUGCUCCAGAUCCAGGAGCAUCGCUUGGAGCUCAAGGUCCAGCUCCUGGUCCAUUUCGUGCCCCACAUGGCGUUCCAGAAGCUCCUCAGGCUCCAUAUCAUCAUCCAGCUGUCCCUCGUCCAAGAAGAAGAAAUAGACCAGCUAGAACAAUCUGGUCAAACCACUUCAAAGUUGGAAGUGCGGUGGAGGACAGUUUUGAUGAGAUGAGCACUCUGGGAGUACACACGGUUCAAAUGUGCCAAGCAGCAGUGUCGAUUCCUGGGCCAAACGAGAGAAGAUAUGAAGUACCACUGGAUGAAAAACCAUCUGAGACAGAGCUGGCAAGGGCAAGAUGGUAG